AAAUAUUUCUGAAAAUAAUCAUCAAGUAGAAAAAUUCGAGAAAAUGAGAAAAUGGACAGGCUUGAUAAGCUUCUUCCCUCUGGUUUGGGGGGAAUGCAAGACUUCUGGGCGGAAACCUGGCCGGGGGCUUUGCUGACCUGUUGUGUACCCACCGUGCUGACACCCUACAGCUUACUCCGACCUGUCUCUGUCCCAGUAGAAGCCGCCCGCAAAAACAAUACGGCAAAGAAAGCAUGGACGUCGCCCUGUCACGUGCGGGAAAAACGUCGUUAACUUUUCUCUGUUUAUAGAAUCUGCGUGACACAGGCAUGUGGGAGGUAUGAGCCAACUUGGCUGGAUGGCUCCCCGGCGUAGCACGAGUUGAGUGUUGCGAAGACAGGACACGGACAACAGAGCGGACACUGAAGGCAGAUAAUGAGCGUGGCGGCUGAGACAGAAAGCACGGAGGGAGAUGGCGAACAGGGUCUCCGGGACAAAGAGCCUGGCGCAGUAGAAGAGGGAACAAGACAGACACACACAGAGACGGAGAGAGGGGCGGGGAGAGAGGCGGAGAACGGCAAGAAGAAGACGUUGUAUGACAACGCGUACGAUACGGAGGACAUGAACACGAUAUUCAGCGAGGAGAAGCAGUUCCACGGCAUCAUGAAGAAGUACUGGAACCAGCGACAUGACUUGUUCAGCAGGUACGACGACGGGGUGUUGUUGACGAAGGAGUUGUGGUUCAGCGUGACGCCGGAGGUGAUCUCGAGGUUCACCGCGAGGGUGGUGCAGCAUGUGUUCGAGAGCAAGAACGAGCCGAUCUUUGUGAUGGACGCGUUUGCCGGGGGCGGGGGCAACGUAAACCUGUUUCUCGAGUACUUCGACGUGGUGUUUGCCGUGGACAUCAACCACAUCCACCUCCACUGCACGAAGAACAACGCAGCGGUCUACUUCCCGGCGGAGAAGCUGUGCACGCAGUUGAAGCUGCUUCCGCUGAACUGGGUGUACGCGGACGAGACGCUCGCCGAGCAUUACGUGGACGAGCACUUCGAGUCCGUGCAGGAGACGAGCGAGCUGGUCGACCAUGUCUACGCCAACAAGGAGGAGUCGCAGGAGAGCCUCGACAUCCUCAAGGACGUGCGCUUGGACUGCAUCUUUGGCUCGCCGCCGUGGGGCGGGCCCGAGUACAUCCGAGACAAGUACUACAACCUCAACAACAUCCUUCCCUACCCGCUCGAGAAGCUGCUCUCCAUUUUCCUGCGCUACACCGACAAUGUGUGUCUCUUCCUCCCGAAGAACUCCAACCUCGUGCAGAUCCAGAAGAUCACCCAGACCCUCUUCCACGACGAGAAGUACGUGCGAGUGCUGCGCAUGAGUGUCCACGGCCGACAGAAGGGCCUGCUCUGCUGCUGGGGGCCGGCUUUUGUCGACUUCGACUUGCAGGACGUGGAGCUGUGAGUGUAGACAGCACAGCUGGCGCACCCGGCCCAACGCUGCGCAACAUCCACUGUAUACGAAUUACUAUAGAUAGACGGCGACCGUUCGUCGGCCCGUUCCCCGGC